CGUUUUUUGGGCGUGACUGUCAUAAAUUUCGCUGGCAGAAGUUCAAGGAAAUCAAUUACGUCGAACUUUAUCAGAACCAUAAGUGGAAAAUCCCAAGAGGGAAUACAAUUUGAUAGCGCUUGGGGGAAAUUUUUCGUGUGAAUAUUAUAUACUCGUAUAUAAAUUAAAACAAAUCAAAUAGCAGCGCACUACAGUUAACAUUCAGACUUAUGCAAAUUGAUUUUGAUUCAGAUCGUAUUUAAGUACCUGGACCUAUAUAAGCAGCGUGAGAGCGGGUUAUAGUCAUCUAUCGGCUUUAAUAUGAAGUACCUGACGUGUGUGCUGCUCCCGUUGGUGGCUUUGAUUCCGACGCUGAUUGACGCUCGUCCAAGUACAGUGGUGGUAAACGGUGUCUGCCUAACUUGUCCCAAUCCAAAUGGUGAACCCGUCUAUCUGGAUGGCCAGGAGUACCGCAGUUUCUCUUCGCCAAAUAGCAAUGGUAAUGUGGUGAUUUCCCGAGGAAGUGAUGGAAGGGGAGGUAGUGGUGGUGGCACCAUAUACCGAAGAGGUGGCAAUACCAUUGUCAACGGACGGUGCCAGCACUGCAAUGUGGAUCUCUAUUAAAAAGGUGCUUCAAAUAAAGUCUGAACAUUGAAUUAAAAUUCAA